UCAGUGAUGACCCUGCCCCUUCCUCCAUCUUCUCUUUCAUCUCAGUGGUGUCUAAGCGAAGGAGGACAUCUCAGGAGGAGAGAGAGGAGGAGACGGUGAGGAGGAAGAUGAAGAUGGAACCCCUCUUUUAUAAAGACUACAGCAUCCCUCCCUUCAACCCUGACAGCCCUGUCGGCAUGGAGUUUCUGGUCCCCAAGUCAGGCUUCUUCUGCAAGGUGUGUUCUAAGUUCUAUAGCGGAACUGACGAGGCUGAGAAGAACCACUGCAAGACCCUCAAACACCAUCAGAACCUGGAGAAAUCCCUGGAGAAGUGGAGAGUGAAGAAAGACUGACUCCGUGAUGAGCUGAAGAGUUAAAUAUUGACUGUCUGUGUCCCAACCACGGACUGGUUCAUUCCUGUCUUAACUCUUUUCCCACUUCCUUGUUUUUGUUUUUCUUCCCCAUGGGUCCAAUCUCACUCUCUCUCUCUCUCGCUCUCUCUCACACACACACACUCACAACUAUAACUGUUUCUAUGUUAGUUAUUUUCCCAUGAUAUAGAAGAGGAGUGACUCAAUAGAGAGUAAUUAAAUUAGAAACCCGUGUACAAUGAAAAUAAAGUGUUUUAUUCAAUCGCCGUGUCUUUGUUUUGAAAUUGAAACCAUCCUUUGAAGACAUGUUUACCAGAGUCACCUUUUACCCUUAUUCAAUACAUCUUUAUUCAUCCCCACCAGGGCAAUUCUGUCUAUAUACUUACGCAUUAUCCUGAUUUGAAUACUGUUAAUUCAGCAGUGUGGUGUCCAUGCACACAAAGGGAAAUGUACUGAUUUCCAUGUUCAAGUCAUGCAUGGACCAUUAGCUUCCCCUAGCUAGCCACUGUGCUAAAACGGCUAACCUCCUGUUACCAUGGAAAUAUAUUAGACUUGGCUUUAGUUAAGGUAUCGCGCUCUUUUAUAUACUGUAGCUAUUUCAAAUACAUUCCAAUGACUCACUACUUCACUGCAACAGUUGAUUUCUGUAAAAGAGAAUUCUGUCAACAUAAAUAAAUUAAAA